UUUCUCUUGUCGUAUAAUGUACGUUGUCACGGCAAUGCAGUACUGUGGGAAUGUUGAAUAUGCGGUCUAUCAAACAAGACCAUUGGGAACUUUCGUGGAAAAUGGGUGCAAUUACUCAAAAUACUAGAAUCACAGAAAAAUAAGUAAUCUGCUUUUUUGUGCCGCGUUGCAGCAUAGAGAUAUUUUAGUGAUGGCCGUUAUUAUUUCAGAAGUGAUUUUUUAUGUAUGAGAUUUGAGGAUUAUUGGCAAUAAUAAAGCACAUUCAUCUGAUGUCCAACUCCCAGUCAGGUAGGCCAGUUUAUCUGUCUACCUGGAAAUGCCAACGCGCAAGUUUUAAAAUUAUAAUCGUUUUCGGACUCCUUUGUGGCGUCAUUCUUCACUGUCACCCAUCUUGGAUCCUCGUACUUAACCAACUCUGUUCAUUUUCAUUAAACAUGGCUUUGUGCGUGCUUUCAAAGACUGCUCAUGAUCUGAGUAAAAUGGCAGCUAUUUACCUCGUGGAUGUUGACUGUGUGCCGAUAUAUACCCGCUACUUUGAUAUCAGCUACAUUCCUUCUACAGUGUUCUUCUUCAAUGGCCAACAUAUGAAAGUGGAUUAUGGGUCUCCAGACCAUACAAAGUUUGUUGGGUGUUUCAAAACCAAGCAAGACUUCAUAGAUUUAAUUGAAGUAAUAUUCCGAGGAGCAAUGCGUGGGAAGUUAAUAGUACACAGCCCUAUUGAUCCAAGGAACAUCCCAAAGUAUGACCUCCUUUAUCAUGGCAUCUGAAUGCACCAGCUGGCUGUUGAACUUUACAAUUACUUCAUGGAAACAACUUUGGUGAUUUGUAAUCAAAUACUCCUCAGACAAUGAGGAACUUUGAAAUGUUUGUUAAAUACUUAUCCAGUUCUUGCAAUUAAUCAACAAAAGACUUGGAAGAAAUCCACAAACAGCACUUUCCAGAGCUUCUGCUCCACAAUUGUUUGGAAUUUCACAAUCCCAGAACUCCAGACCUCUGCUGAUUAGAAAAGUUGCUGCCACAAUUUGAUCUUUGGAGAAAUGAUUCACGUACUCUGGUUAUUGAAUUUUUUUGUCAGCAACGUGAUUUCCUUAUUCUUGAAAAGCAAAAAAAAAAGCUACACAAGUAGCUUUGGCAUAACUUGUGAAAUAAAACAAAAUGCUGUAAGUAGCCUGUCAGAUAGCAUCUAUGAAAAGAGAAAAACUGAGCGAAUGAAUUGCUAGUUCUGAUCAGGCAGGAAGGCCGGUUGUCUUAAAUCAGUGAUUUAAUGUUAAGUCCUAAAAUGGCAAUGACUAUAAUUUGUUUCUUGAACUUAAAAGACCAAAGACAGAUCAGAAUGGGAAUGGGACAGAUUUAAAAUUACAGGCAACAAAAGCUCAGGUCACCACGAUGAUUUGAACAGAUGUUCUGUAAAGCAGUCACACAAUUUGUGUUUCAAUCAUAAACAAGAGAAAAUCUGGAGAUGCUGGAAAUCCAAGCAACACAAACAAAAUGCUGGAGGAACUCAGCAGGCCAGGCAGCAUCCAUGGAAAAGAGUACAGUCAACGGUUCGGGCUGAGACCCUUCAUCACGACUGGAGAAAAAAAGAUGAGGUGUCAGAGUUUAAGGUGGUGAGAGCAGAGGAAGAGCUAC